UUCCCUACUCCAGCAGGAUGAUAAGAGGUUUCCCGACUUUGUGGCGAGCUUGCAUUUCCUUCCUCAAAUACACGCUUACAAUACUGCUGGAGUUGCCAGAUGUACCGCAAUUAAACUGAAAGAGGAGUCAAUUUUCCUGCAGUGAAUAAAGAGAGUGGGUGUUUACGGAGCUAGGAAGAGUUUAGAAGAACUUAACGUACCUUUUUGUUGUUCUGCCCCGGAGACUUGACUGAAAAGUCGGCUGUUGACUGUAAAACUCUUCCGAAUCUGUUCUGUGGCUGCAAGGACAUUCGACAGAUAGUAUGGAAAUAGUAUAAAGGAUGAAAAGAGCUUACAGGUGUUCCUUGACGUUACUGCCAUUUUUGUGUAUCUUAAAAGUAUGUGAACUGUGCUCAUCUGUUCGAGCAAGCCGUGCUACAAAGUUUGUGGCGGAGGGCGGCAGUCUCCAGUUGAGCUGUGAAGUGCAACACUGUGGGCUUGCUGGCUGGACUGGAGGAUGGGUUUUCCAGGAAUUGGACACAGUAGGAUUUACUUCCCUCAUUCCCUCUGAACGAAUCGAGAUGUCCAGGUCCAGCUCAACAGCCAAUAGCACACAUCUGUUGGUCCACAUUCACAACAUCAACCAGUCAGAUGCUGGAGCAUACAGGUGCUUGAUAUCCUGGCCUCAGAAUAUCACUAGCAGUGGACAUGUGACAUAUGUUAAUGUGACUGCAGCAGCAGCAGCAGCAGACUCAUCAGGCAGAAGCCUCUCUCAUAGAGUCCUGCUUUGUUUUGGUGCCUUGAUGUGUUUUCCUGUUGUUUUGGGAUUUGUUUGGUGUCUCACCCGGGAUCAUCAUCCACCAUCACCCCCUGUCCCGCCUCGCCCCCGCACCUCCUUUGCAGCUAGAGUGAAACCAAAAAAGGAAUUGGUGUAUGCAGAAGUUGCAGUGAACGAUUCAAGGCGGCAGAAUGAUCAUCCAAAACAAGCGUCUGAGCCAACUGUCUAUUCCUCGGUGCAUUUCUCCUGAACACAAAAACAUCUUGCAUUUCUAUCUCUCAUGUGGCUGUGGGUUAUUUUCAAUACCAGAGCAAAUAUGACUGUAAAAAUAGUGGCAGUACAGUUGCAAAGUUAGACAAGAUUGAAAAGAUAUCAGCUUGACUUUGAAAUGUGAAUGCUAGCAAUGUUACACUUUGAUUUAAUAUACAGUAGUUGUAAAGCCAUAUUAAAUGUUGUUGUUCUUCCAGAUAUGUCUGUAGAACGUGUGCAUUUUGUAUAUAAAAUGUGUGGUUGUACCUGAAAUAAAA